AGCUUACUAAAUUUUCCAUUAUACAAAACCUGGACCUUGUAUCAUUUGACGUUGCUGGCUGAUGGAAACUGGAGGUGAUAACAAAGAAACAGGUAAACAUGAUUUGCAUCAGACAUCUCAAUCAAAGGAACAAGAACAUGAAAUCACAAAUAAUAGCCAUUUGGACGACAAAGCUCAUCCUUCAUCAUCAACACCACCAUCCCAAAACCCUUCUGAUGCAUCAGAAUCAUCACAGAACAAAUCAUCUAAAUGUGAGACUAUCCCCACAAACGUUGAAUCACAUACACCAACAAAAUCUGGUGAAGAUGAUGAUGUUCAAAAUAGUUCUAUUAUUCCAAAACAUGAACAUGGUGAGGUGGCAGUAACGGAAGACAACCAAGGAUCAUCAGAAAUACAAAACCCUCCGGUGCAAGUGAUGGAGCGUCCGGGUGAAUCAGGAACCUCUCCUCAGUACGUUUUUCCAUCCCAUGUCUUCUCUAAAAGCAACGCAAACUCCACAGUGGAAUGGAGCACUGCCUCUAAUGAAUCACUGUUCAGCAUUCACAUGGGAAACAUGAGCUUCUCAAGUGAAUUGGUUUGUUUUAAAUCCGGUGAGUUGGAUAAGUCUGGUGAUGUGUCCAUGCAUGAUCAUCAGCCUAUAAUAAACGCUUCACCACCAACUCAGCAGCCAGAUGCUCCACCAGCAGAGAACAAAUUCAAUGAUAUCAGCAAAAUAACUUAUGAACUACAAUUGCUACACGAAAAAAGUUCGAAAGCUACUGAAGCAAAAGCUGCUGAGACUAUGAGAGAGGUUAUAAUGGAAAGUAGUCGAACCACAGAGAAUGUUGGUAAAGGGGAUGAUAAGGCUUCCAAUUCCUGUCGCCAAUCAAAUGGCAGCACCAAUUCCUACUCGUUUCAAUCGUCGAAAGGUCGAGAUAAAAGUGUUUCAUCCAAGGGUGCUGCUGGAGAGAAGCAAAAUCAACAGAAGCAGUCAGAGGAAGAUGAAACACCAAAUGCAGCUGAUCAGGCCCCGAAAUCAUCCACAAAUGCACCAAAUAAAUGGCUGAAUUGCUUUUCGUGCUUUACGUGCUGUAAUUAGGACACAUUAGGAGAUCAUUAUAUUACAUCAGAAUCUCUUUGUCUUUUGGCAUAACCGUUACCUAUUUCUAUGUCUUAUUAAGUCAGUAUCAUGCAUAAUCUACAUAGCAGAGUAGCUCUAGUCAGAUAGUUUUAAUUAUACUUUUAUUUGUCAUGUUUCUUCUG